AUGAUUCAAGGAUUUCCGGAAUUCGGAAUCCGAUCUGAUCCCGAAUCCGGUUCAGAGGAUUAUUCCUCUUCGCCUAUCAUCCUCAUUGCACAGCAAGGGAACAAAAGCCCAAUCAGUGGGCAGCAUCAUAUGGAAGAACUACUAUGCUAUGACCCGAAGAAACUAUGCAAUAUUGAGACAUGCCCUCCUCUUCUUCAGUUGCUUUUCGUGAGUGUAAGCCAAAACUAUUCGAUAGGAGCCGUUAGCGACAACCAUACCUCUUCGUUUUCAAAGAGGCUAUCCGGGCAUAGCGACUGUGGAAUCGACCCACUGACUUUUCCCCAUCGUCCCCUUACGGCAUCUUAUGAGCCUAUCGGUGAAACCUUACUUGCCUGA